UCUCUCUCUCUCUCUCUCUUAAUCAAGAGUGGUGAGAAAGACCCACAUCUCUCUCUCUCCCUCCUCCUCUCUCCAGCUUCUACAAAGGCCUUGUUGGGAGCUUUGAAGAAAGAAAGGAAGAAAGAAAAAAAGAAAGAGAAAAGGCAAAGAAAGGAGACAAGGGCAUAUAUAAUUAGGGCAAGAGUUUUUGUUAAGUGUGAAGAGAGAGAUUGGUUUUUGUUAGGGUUCAAUCAAAGGCAUGAAUAGAGGAGUGUUGCAGAGCUCAUCACCAGUGCAGCAGCAGAUGAUGGCAAACCCUAAUAGUUGGUGGAACAUCAACAGCAUGAGAGCUCCAAGCCCACAACAAGCCACACCUGCUAGUUACUUCCCAAAUAUUCCUCCUUAUCAUUAUUCAAAUCUCUUUCCUCAGUACAUGCCCACCAAUCCUUCUUCACUCCUCGCCCCUUCUUGGCUUGAAAAUAGUAGCCAGGAGCAUCAGCAGCUUCCAGCUGAGUCCUGGAGCCAACUACUCUUGGGUGGAUUGGUGAUUGAAGAAGACAAGAGUGCCUUGACCCAUCUUCAAGCGAAGAGAUUAGAGAAUUGGGCGGAUCAACAAGUACUAGAGCAGUCUCAAAUUGAUGUGAAGCAAGAGAAUUCCUCAAGCAGCUACUUGUACGGACAUGCGACAAGUGAAGACUUCCAUGGAUCUAAAUCAGCUGUUUGGCCUACCACUACUCUAACCACCGCGGCUUCAUCUCCGAAAUCGUGUGUCACGAGCUUUAGCAGCAACUUGCUGGACUUCUCAUACAAGAAAUCUGACGGCAAUAAGCAUCCGGUGCCGGAUCAAUCUUCCGAGUGUAAAAGCAGUGCAACAGGUGGGGCACAAAAGAAAGCCAGGACUCAACCUUCUUCUGCCCAAUCUACCACCUUCAAGGUGAGGAAGGAGAAAUUAGGUGACAGAAUCACUGCUCUGCAUCAGCUCGUUUCUCCAUUUGGCAAGACUGACACAGCUUCUGUGUUGGCAGAGGCUAUUGGCUACAUCAGAUUCCUUCAAAAUCAAAUAGAGGCACUUAGUUUACCGUACUUGGGCAAUGGAUCAGGCAACGUGAGUCACCAACAAUCUGUGCAAAGAGAGAGGAAUUGUAUAUUUCCCGAAGACCCUGGUCAGCUGCUGAAUGACAACUGCAUGAAGAGGAAAGGAGCUUUAGACCAGGACACUAAUCAUGAAGAAGCAAAGGACCUGAGGAGUAGAGGGCUGUGCCUGGUACCAAUCUCAUGCACAAUGCAAGUAGGAAAUGAAACCGGAGCUGACUACUGGGCUCCCGCUAUCGGAGGAGGAUUUCACUAAUCAAGCUGGACAUAAAGUCUCUAAUUAGAACCUGUGACAGCAAAUUGGAGAGAUUAAUGAAUCUUAGGUGAUUAUAUAACAUCAUGAGCAGUCACUCUGCUACAAAAAUUUCCCAAGGCUGAUUGCUCUUGAUGCUAUAUAUAUCAUGCUUUGGUUUGGUGUAGUCUCUGCUGCCUUGUACUCGGGUGUGAUUUUCUCCUUUUUUUUCUUCUUUUUCGAAAAAAUAAUAUUGUCGGAUAUAAUUAUGUAGGAUUAUGUAACCUUUUUACCUGCUGCUAUUUAAGUCUGUGCAGGGAUCAGUAACUUAGUAUUAGUUAUCAAUCCAUCUCUGUCAUGAUCAAA